AUGUCUUUCAAUGAAGUUAAGGAUCUUAUAAGUAAUAAAAAAAUCAAAGCUAAAACGGAAAGACGUAUUCUGUUGCAGUAUAUCGAAACAAGUAAAUGUAAUAUUUGUCAUGAGAUCUUAAGCAUACCGAUGAUGGUAACACCAUGUGGCCACACUUAUUGCUAUGAGUGUCUAUUGACAUGGUUCAAGAACAAUGAGAAUAGGGAGCUGAAUUGUCCAGAUUGUAGAGUUUCCAUAGAAGUUGAACCAUGUUUUAACUUCUUCCUGCAUUUAAAUCUAAAAUUUUUGAUUGAGUCAAUUUAUAAGAAGAGGAAGAAAGAAUCCAAGGUAUCUGAGUUACUAAGAGGAAGGGAACAAGAUUAUAUUAGAUAUCAUAAGGAUAAAAAUGCCAAUAAUAUGUUUGAUAAUAUAUUUAAGAACAGCGCAGUGGCCAUAAAUGAUGUGGACGAUGAUGGUAUUCCACGAUGCAGCAACUGUCAUUGGGAAUUAGAUCCUGAUGAUAUGGAAGAAGAUGAGAACGUAUGCCCCCACUGUCACAGCCGUAUUAGGAACAUUGUAAUAAAUGAACGCGGUGCAUCUACUAGAGAUAGACCGUUCGGGAACAGACCCGAGAAUGAGGAUGAAUACAGUGAAGGAGAGUAUGAUGAGAUUGUUGAUGAGAUACGACCCGAAGAUAGUGAUACAGGAGAUGAUAGUAACGACGAGGAAAGAAGAGAAGAAGAAGAAGAAGAAGAAGAAGAAGAAGAAGAAUACGACUCUGAUUUAGAUUCGUUCAUUGAGAAUGAUGAACUUGCCGAAAAUAGUGAAGAAUUGGCUAAUGAUAAAGUGGAAAGCGCAUUUUAUGAAGUUGACGAUGACGAGGAGCAUGAUAGUGAUUUCUACGAACAUAACGAUGAGGGAUUUGUCAGUGGAGACAGUUUAAAUGAAGAAAGUGAAAAUGAACUGGAGCAAGAGCCCAUCGAGGUGGAAAUUGAAGAAGAAGAACAAGAAGAAGAUGAUGACGACGACGAAUCUCAAUACAAUAAGAGUCGUAAAAGAAACAAAAUACAAGUAAUAUUAAGUGACGACGAAUAA